CACAUUAUUAAUUUUUUUAGUAUUAUACUCAUUUCACAUUUUUACCAUACCACCGGUUAUUUAUUUUUAUAUAGUACCUAAGUACCUUUUUUUUAUUGUUCACUAUUAAAUUGUCACCUAUUCAAUCUGUUAUUAUAAUUUAUUAAUUUGUUAUUAAUUUUAUUCGUUAUUUUUCUAUAGAAAUGCAAAUUUUUUAAAAAUUUCGGUCAGCUUUAAGUGCCUAUAAUAUAUUACUAAUGGAGGAGUAUUCUGAAGAAAUCUUCUGCUGUUCUCAGUGGAUCAAAAACGGAAAAUUUGAAAAAGUAUGCAUUCAAUUACCGGACUACAUGUUGUGUAAAAGUGUAUCAAUUUCAUCAGAAUUUGAAAGACUGUUGGAUCGCCGUGUAUAUAUACUCGGUGAUACUUCCUAUGGCAGCUGUUGUGUUGAUGAAACAGCUGCCCAACAUAUAGCUGCUGAUUGUGUUGUUCAUUUUGGACGGUCAUGUCUGACACCAAAUAGUCAUCUUCCUGUCUAUUACAUUCUUCCUAAACAGCCGUUAGACUAUAUUCAAUGUGCCGAUUUGAUAAUCAAAACUUUUGAAACUGAAGAGGGACAGGUUUUGGUACUGUACGAUGUAGCUUAUCAUCAUAUCCGUGAUAAUUUGGCCAAAUCAUUAUCAUCUACAAAGACGAUAAUAUUAUCUGACAUAGAUUUAAAUGAACACAAAACAACUAGUUGUCCUGUAUCUGAUGACUAUGAAUAUACAAGCAUAUUUGGAAGACGUUUUCCUAACUUAAAUUAUAAAAAUAUUGUUUACAUAGUUAAUGAUAACUACAUGAACAAUGUCGAUAGAUUUAUAUUGGAAAAAAAAGAAUGUCAAGUAUAUAUCUAUCAAAAUAGUUGUAAUGUAUUAACACAACGAACCUUAACAUCAGUGAUAAAAAAAAAAAGUUUUAUUAAAGAAAAGAUAAAAGAUUCUACUCAUAUUGGAAUACUCAUAUGUAGUUUAAGCAUUAAAAAUUUACUUGAGCGUAUCAAUAGAGUUAAGUGUUUAUGCAAACAGACAAACAAAAAAUGUUAUAUUUUUUCUGUUGGACGUCCUAAUGUUGCCAAAUUAGCCAAUUUUCCAGAAAUUGAAAUAUUUGUAAACAUUACUUGUACAGAAGGAAUCAUAGAAAAUCAAAAAGAAUAUAUGCAACCAAUUGUUAAUAUUGAUGACAUUGAAUUGGCUUUGGGAACUGAAAACACUAGUGAUGUACCCGAUAUAUCUUUAGUAACCAACAAAUUAAGAAAUGUUACAAUGGCCAAAGAGGAAGUUGAGUCAUCUUCUGCAUUAAAUGUCAGAAGAGAUAUGUCAUUAUCAAUGGUAACUCAAAAUAGAACAUGGACAGGACUCAAUCCACAUGAUACACGGCCACCAGUUAUAAUAGCUACUGAAGGAAGAAAAGGCACACCGAGCUCUGGAUAUAUCACAUCUGAUUCAGAAUACCGUAGCUAAAAAGAACUGUUUAUAAAUGUUUUGUCUAAAACAUUAACAUAUUUCUAUUUUAGUUAAGGAACAUGGUGAAAUAAUAUUGUUCAAAUUAUUGGUAUAGGAUUUGUUCUUUAAGUUAUAAUUAUUAGUAAUAAAGUAAUAAUAAUUUCUUACUUUCAAAUUAAAUGUUUUGAUAUAUUUUUUAUUUAUUUUAUAAAUAAUUUAUUAAAUAUAUAAAAAUACUGCCAUUUUAUUAUAGUUGAUAUUUAUGUAAUUAUAAUACAGGGUGUCCCACGGAGAUCUGACAAAUGAAAUAACUUUUGUUCUGAUUAAUAUUUUUAAAAAAUUUCUUUUAAGUAUAAUUCAUAGACAAUUGCACUACAUUUUUAGUAUACAUUUUUUAUUUUUUAUUUUUUAAUACUGAAAAUAAAAAACUUAAAAAUGGAUAAAAAAUUUUUCCAGAAUAUUCAAAAUAGCCAAUUUGUAAAUCUGAUUUUCAGAAAAAUUUAUAUGGUAAAAACAUUUAUUUAAGUCAAGUUGCUGAUUUUUUACAAUUUUUUUAAAUAUCAAUAUUCUUGUUAAGUAACAUACGCGGGCGCCUAUGGGUAUCAUUGUAUUGUUAUUUCAUUUGUCAGAUCUCCGUGGGACACCCUGUAUACUGAAGUCAAAGUAUCUUCUAGUCAUUAAAAAGAAUAAUGUUUUAAUUCUUUACUUGUACAUCAAUGGCAUUUUUAAUUGUGUAUGAAAUGUAGAAAUUAUUACUGUCUUCUUUAAUUUUUAUUAAAAUUGAUUUUACAAUCAAGA